AUGAACGUGUUUGACCACAUCAACUUUGACUCCCUCUUCAAGUUCUCCCAAAUAUCUCAUUCCACCCAGGUGCAUUUGAAGAAUGUGUACUCCAGCCUGGCAGUUUGUAUGUUUGUGGCUGCAGCUGGCUCCUACGUCCACGUCGUGACACGCCUCUUUCAGGGAGGGAUGUUGUCUGUGCUCGCCUCCCUGGGGAUGAUGUUUUGGCUCGCCAUGACGCCACACAACUCUGAGACAGAAAAGAAAAGACUGGCUAUCCUCGCAGGAUUUGCCUUCCUCACAGGUGUUGGCCUUGGCCCCACACUGGACUUUGUCAUUGCUGUUAAUCCGAGCAUCAUCGUGACGGCCUUCAUGGGAACCUCUGUGAUCUUCAUCUGCUUCACGCUCAGCGCUCUCUACGCCAAACGCAGGAGCUACCUGUUCCUUGGAGGCACCCUGAUGUCUGGCCUUUCCCUCCUGUUCCUAAUGUCUGUGAUGAACAUGUUCUUUGGAUCUGUGAUGCUGUUUAAGGCACACAUGUACCUGGGGCUGCUCAUCAUGUGCGGCUUCGUCCUGUUUGACACUCAGCUCAUCAUUGAGAAAGCAGAGAACGGAGACAAGGACUACAUCUGGCACUGUGUGGACUUGUUCCUUGAUUUCAUCACCAUCUUCAGGAAACUGAUGGUCAUCCUCGCAAUGAACGAUAAGGAGAAGAAGAAGGAGAAGAAGUAA